AUGUUCAGCCGGUCAGGAUACCAGGCUCUUCCCUUGGGAGAUUUUGACCGCUUCCAGCAAUCCAGCAUCGGGCUCUACGGUGCCCAGAAGGGCUUAUUCUCCUUUGGAUCCAAGCAAGAGCCUCUGGGGCCAGCUGGGAGUACUGCAGAUUCCUCCCAGGGUUGGCUGUCCUGGAUCUGCCAUGGGAUUAUCACCUCCUUGGUCUUCUUGCUGAUGGUUGUCACCUUCCCCAUCUCAGGAUGGUUUGCUUUCAAGAUCGUGCCUGCCUACGAGAGAAUGAUCAUCUUCCGCCUGGGCCGUAUCCGGGCGCCGCAGGGACCAGGCGUGGUCCUGCUGCUGCCCUUCAUUGAUCACUGGCAGCGAGUGGAUCUGAGGACAAGGGCCUUCAACGUGCCCCUCUGCAAGCUGACUUCCAGUGACGGGGCGAUCAUCUCCAUGGGUGCAGACAUCCAAUUCCGGGUGUGGGACCCUGUGUUGUCUGUCAUGAUGGUGAAGGACCUCAUCUCAGCCACCCGGAUGACGGCACAGAAUGCUAUGACCAAGACCUUGGUGAAGAAGAGCCUCCGUGAGAUCCAGGUGGAGAAGCUGAAGAUCGGGGAGCAGCUGCUGCUGGAGAUUAACGACAUGACCAAGUCCUGGGGCCUGGAGGUGGACCGGGUGGAGCUGAGCAUGGAGGCUGUGCUGCAGCCACCUCGGGAGAACCUGGUGGGCCCUCUGGCCACCAUGCCACCCGUGCCUGGGUUGGAGGGGCUGGAUAGCACCAUUCAGCAACUGGCUGCCCAUUUCUUCAGCAACACCCUGGCUCUGGCAGGCAGCGGGACCAGUGCUCCAGAGGCAGCAGACAGCAUGGAGACGGUGAAUGAGGUGGAGCCUACUGCCACUGCCGAGAGCACCCGGAGAAAGCCCAGCGCAGAUGAGCUGCUCUCAGUGGUGGAGCCUGUCCUGUCCGAGGCCCUGGUCAGCCAGGUGGGAGCAUCCUACCAGGUCAACAUUGCCCUGCCCAGCGGCACCCGGAGCACCUACUUCAUAGACCUCUCCUCAGGCAGCGGGCGAGCUGGCUGCGGCGUGCCCAAGGGCAGUCCUGACGUCAUUCUGGAGGUGGCAGAGAAAGACCUGCAGGACCUAUUUUUGGGUGACCUGCGCCCUUUGAGUGCCUACAUGAGUGGGAAGCUGCAGGUGAAAGGUGACCUGCACCUUGCCCUGAAGCUGGAGGAGCUCAUCAAGGCGAUGAAACAACAUAGAUAA